AUGGAUGAAAAGCAAGUGAACGACUGCUGUCAAACCGUCAUCUCCCUCAUGUCAGAUAUCCUGCAUUCCUCUGUCAAGUCAACUCGACGUCCCAGGUCUGCCAGAAAAUUGCUGAAACGAAAAAGUGAGGAUGACGAAGAUCUGACAGAGGGAAUCAAGAAGUUGUACACUGAAGAUGAUGACUACGACAAAGCUGGUGGUGGCAAAACUAGCUUCCAAUUUACUUCUGGUAAUGCUUUGAUGUUAUCAAACCCUUCGUCGAUUUCAUCAUCUUCAUUUUCCGGGAUUGUUGCUGCUAAG